AUGAAGUUCCUUGUUUUCCUAAUACUUCUUCCCUUCAUUGUUCCUACCAAAAUCCCAGCUGAAAAAUCGAUAACUGAAAAAGAGGCAAAUUGGCGACGUGGAGCGAUCAAGAAACUUUGGGAUGAGAGAAAACGAAUGGGACACACUCCGCUUAUCAAAUAUCAACCACCCGGUUUUCCGCAUACAAUAAUUUAUAUGAAGAAUGAGACAGCUACACCCACACGGAAUUUGAAACAUCGAUUCGCAUGGGCUUUAUUGUUAUGGGCGAUCACUGAGGGAAAAGUUACAUCGAGAACUUCGGCGAUUUAUGAGGCGACUUCAGGAAAUACAGGAUCGGCUGAAGCUUACAUGUGUAGACUUGUUGGGGUGAAAUAUGUAGCGGUGGUGUCAGAUAGUUUGGAAUUAGAGAAAGUCAGGCAGAUUGAGAAAUUUGGAGGGAAGGUUCUGAAGGUGAGACUUAUUUUUCAAAAAAUCCACAUUUUUCCCUAUCUUCCUUCCAGGUACCAGCAAAACUACGAAAUGAAGAAGCCCAGAAAAUCGCCGAAAAAAACCAUGGAUUUUUCAUGAAUCAAUUCGCCAACGCUGAAAAAGCUGAAGAAUUUCACGAAUCUGGAAAUGCCCGUCAUGAAUCCUCAAAUGUUUUCCACGAGAUUCUAGUGCAACUCAAAAGAGUUCCCGAUUAUUUUAUCCAUGCCGCAGGAACUGGUGGAACCAUAAGUUCAGUAGGCAGAUAUAUAGUUCGAUACGCUUUGUCAACUCGUGUAAUUCUCUCGGAUGCGCAAUUUUCACGUUUCUAUGAUUAUGUGAUCAGAAAUAAGUUCUCAUCGUCAGAAAACAAUGAAUCUGACAAGCAUUCUGGACCUGGUGUAGCUGGAACGGGUUACGAGAGUAAAAAAGAUAUAGUUUUGGGGAAUACAACUAGUUUGGUGCGGGAUGUGAUUUCGGAGGCUGUGAAGAUUCCGGAUAUUGCGACAGCCGCGGGGAUACGGGUUUUGAGCGAGAUGGGAUUUGAAUUUGGGCCAUCGACGGCCUUGAAUUUUUUGGUAGCUUUAGUCAAGGCGCAGCAACAUGAGAAGAGGUAAUCCGUGAACUUUUUCCACGUCAUAACUCUUUCUUUCCCAGAGAUCCGUGGAAAACUCAAAUCCUAACAACUUUGGCUAACGAUCCUGCUGAUUUCUACACUUCCACUUAUUUGAAUAACACCUGGCUUGAUCGAAAAUUCGAGGAAUUUGGAGGAUUUGGAGGGAUGAAAUGUUGGAGAGCUCAAAUCAUCAAGGCAAUCAAUUACGGGGCAGAUUUUUAUAAAUCUGGGUUAAAAAAUUGUCCAGGAGACUAUUGA